AUGUAUCGAAGCGUUCACAGAGCUUUCUAUCAAAUACCACUGGUGCUAUUUAGCUCUUUGAUAUCAUUUACUGUUGGUUCCCUAUGCAUUGCGCUGGUCGCAACAUAUCAUCAAGAAGAGACGGUUUUGAUAGUAAUUGCAUGCUCAACGAUACUCUAUGGAAUAUCUUCCCUCCCUUUGACACUGAUUCUAAGGAACGCUCACUCUCAAUUUUUGUUCUUGAAGUUCCCAUGUAUUCUAUUCCAAUUGACUACAUUGGGUGCCUCUAUCGAAUAUUUUAACCGCACCACGAAGCGUGCUAUAGAGAAUGACACAUAUCGCCAUAAAAAUUUGUUGAUUGGUCUGGAUUCACUACUACUAUGCUCAUUCCUGGCCAAUGGAUUUGCAUUGGGCUGUACUAGAGGGCCAGUUGGCGAUUUACAAGAGACGAAAGAUUUAGAAUCCCACGAACCCAAGGCAUUCGUGACUAAUCUCGAUGAUAAAAUUGAACAAUACGUUCCAAUGAAGCAUUCUGCUCAAACACUAAUACCUGAGAUAGAUGCGCUACGAAAUCUACGACAAACUCCGUCUUGGAAUGUGGGGCAGGAUUCAGCUAUGCAGCUAAGAGGGACAGAAUCGAUGUCUUCUGUGGUUCAACACAAAUUACAGUCCAUGGACCUACCUAGAGCUGCUACAUCAGAAGACAAUACAAAAGCUAAGCUUCCGAAUUUGAAGGCUCUUAUGACGAGUCCUAAACUGAAGAGAUCAUUUGUAUUCAAGUUCAAUUCACCAAAAGCUCUGACAAGAAGAAAUGGGCUCGGUUUAAGGAAAAGAAAGAAUUCUACUUUAUGGGAACGAGAAAAUGGAAAUAGAAGUGUGAGUAGCCGCAAUAUGGGCAGAUUGUCGACCAUUCCAGAUCUGUCACAUAGCGUAUUGAACUACAGUGGAACAUCUCUGAAUUCGAAAUCAGGACAUAGAUUUGAUAAAAGUGCCGAUUCUGUCGUUGAUCCUUCACAUUUUAGAGGUCUCCGUAAACGUGCAUCUUCCGCGCCAACCAUAGAACUGGAAAGAAAUGCCAUUGAGAGGAUCAACAGUGCUCUGUUACCACCAUGUCUCAAAAUCUCGGAACCUCUUACAGCGUCUUCAUCAGUGCCUAUGUUGGACUUUCCCUUAAGGGCUUUAUCACCAGUGACGUCUGAUGUCAGCGCCGAUAAUAGCAUCGAAAGAAAUGAUCUGGAGGAUAUCCCACAAGUUCCUCAAUUGCCUGAUGAGACUGCAAGCAAUUUCUUAGCUGAGCAAGAUAAACCAAACAUGGAUAUACCACUGAAUGUGACUUUGGAUACAUGGGAAAAGAAUAAAGAAAAUUUUCUCAAGAGAGCCGCUACUAUGCAAGAGCAUAAUAAUAGGAGUGGUUGUAAUAAUAAUGGCAAUCUUUUACCAGCACUACAAUUUGAGAGUGAGCAGAAACCACCCGUUCUGGAGAUACCAGAUCUCCAAACAAAGGAUAAUUUCAGCUUUCCUGUACAAAAACCAUUGGAAGUUCAAACUAAGUUCGAAGACAACAAUUAUGACACUAUAAGCGCAUUAGAGCAAUAUUUUAGCGACAUUGACGAGGAAGAACAGCGUGAAGGUAUUAAUAUCGAGGAUGGUUUCCAAUAUCAUAACAAGUCCCCUUCCUUCCAUUCACAAAGGUUCUCUAAAGAUUUGCAGAGAAAUAGCAUAAAACAUUCACCGACCAAAUCACUCAUAUCAAUGAUCAGUGGUAGGGAAAGUUUAGGGGGGCAUCAGAGAUCACAAACUCUCUUAGUGAAUAAUAAUAUCAACAAUAACAACAGCGAUGGAUCCCCGACCAAAUCUUCGCCUAGUAGGUCCCAGAGAUUGAAAAGAAUGGGUAAGAAACUGUCGUUAUCUAAUAUCUCUGAUACUAUGAUUAAUAUCACAGGAAACACUGAAAAUGGCAACGAAUUCAGAUCCCCUUUCAAAGAUGGACGUGUUAGAGGUAAAAGCGUUGAUUUCAGUUACAUAUACAACUUGCAGAGUAAUCAUUCGCCUACCAAGUCAACAUCAGGGAUCUCUUCGAACCAUGGUUCUAUCUACAAGGAUAGGAGGAAUAGUGUGGCUACCGAGAAGAGUAUGGGCAAAGGAGUAUCCGGUUUUCAAUUGGCAAAUGCUAAUGCAACUUCCAAUGCAACUUCUAAUGCAAAUGCCAACACAAACGCGAACACUACUGCCGACGCCAAGGUAGCUGAAGCUAUUGUGGAGUGUAGGACUCCACCACCUCCAAAUAGAAUUCCAUCAACAGAAUCUAGCCAGGUUUCCGCCGCAUCAACUACAAACUACCCAGACAUUGUCAUGAGCGAAUAUGAUAGAGAGCGUUGGAAUACUUUACUGAGCCUGCAGCUGAUAAAUUCUAAGGGCCAGUUCAAUACAGGUUAG